AAAAACAGGCAGACUUAACAGCACAAACACAGCCAAAGUCUACUAUACAGCUGCUGCCUGCUUGCUUACAUGAUACAUCCAUUAUUGCCUUUAUAUCAAAGCUUCCUACUCCCCCACACACACUAACACACACUAAAUCUUUGCCCUCAAGAACACACCUUUUCUCAGAUCCACAUUUCUGGGCCAUCUUAAAUCCCCUCAAAACCUACAUUCCAUCUAUCUUUUUUCAAUUUCACAUCACAUGCUUAGGGGGUUCUGAUUUCACACUGUUGCACACAUCAUCUGUUUGAUAUAAUGUAUGGGAGAGAUCCAUGGGGUGGGGCCCUCGAAAUUGCUGAUUCCGGCACUGAUGAUGACCGGAGCCGGAAUCUACAAGACCUGGAUAGAGCUGCACUGUCUAGACCCUUAGAUGAGACUCAACAGAGCUGGUUGUUGGGCCCACAUGAGCAGAAGAAGAAAAAGUAUGUGGAUCUUGGAUGUGUGAUUGUGAGUAGAAAGAUUUUUGUGUGGACUGUUGGGACUAUUGUUGCUGCUGGUUUGAUUGCUGGUUUUGUUGCUCUGCUUGUUAAUACUUUGCCAAAGCAUCAUCACCGUCCUCCUCCACCCGAUAAUUAUACGCUUGCCUUGAGGAAGGCACUGAUGUUCUUUAAUGCACAGAAAUCUGGAAAACUUCCCAAGCACAAUAACGUUUCAUGGAGGGGGAACUCUGGAUUAAAUGAUGGGAAGUCUGAUUCUUCAUCUAUAAGCAAAAAUUUGGUUGGUGGUUACUAUGAUGCUGGUGAUGCAAUCAAAUUUAAUUUUCCUCAAUCUUUUGCCAUGACCAUGUUGAGCUGGAGUGUGAUUGAGUACAGUGCAAAAUAUGAAGCUGCAGGGGAGCUUAACCAUAUUAAAGAUCUCAUCAAGUGGGGAACUGAUUAUUUUCUUAAAACUUUUAAUUCUACGGCAGAUACUAUCGAUCGCCUUGUGAUGCAGGUGGGAACUGGUGAUACCACUGAAGGGGCAACUCCUAAUGACCAUUAUUGUUGGAUGCGUCCGGAGGACAUUGAUUACGAGCGGCCUGUAACUGAAUGUCAUGGUUGCUCAGACCUUGCUGCAGAGAUGGCAGCUGCUUUGGCUUCAGCAUCAAUUGUUUUCAAGGACAACAAGGCUUACUCCCAGAAACUUGUUCAUGGCGCUAAAACCCUCUUUAAAUUCGCUAGAGAUCAGCGUGGCAGGUAUAGCGUAGGGUCGGAGGCUGCAAGCUUCUACAACUCCACUAGUUAUUGGGAUGAGUUUGUGUGGGGAGGAGCUUGGAUGUACUAUGCUACGGGGAAUAAUUCUUAUCUCUCUCUUGCCACUAAUAUUAAAAUGGCCACACAUGCCGGAGCUUUCUGGGGAGGGCAAGAUUAUGGUGUCCUGAGUUGGGAUAACAAGCUUGCAGGAGCUCAAGUUCUUUUAACACGUAUGAGAUUGUUCUUGAGCCCUGGAUAUCCUUAUGAAGAAGCUUUAAAGACAUUUCAUAAUCAGACUAGCAUAUACAUGUGUUCGUUCCUUCCAUUCUUUACAAGCUUCAACAGAACCAAAGGUGGCCUUAUCCAAUUAAAUCAUGGCAGGCCGCAGCCACUUCAAUAUGUUGUCAAUGCUGCUUUUUUGGCUACUCUAUUUAGUGACUAUCUUGAUGCUGCUGAUACACCUGGAUGGUACUGUGGACCAAAUUUCUACUCUACUGAUAUCCUCCGUACAUUUGCUGAGACUCAGAUUGACUACAUUCUUGGUAAAAAUCCUAGAAAGAUGAGUUAUGUUGUUGGAUUUGGCAGUCACUACCCGAAACAAGUCCAUCAUAGAGGUGCGUCCAUUCCCAAAAACAAGGUCAAGUACAACUGUAAAGGAGGCUGGAAGUGGAGGGAUAGCAAGAAGCCAAAUCCUAAUACUAUUGUCGGGGCUAUGGUUGCUGGCCCUGACAAACAUGACGGCUUUCACGACAAGCGUAUGAACUAUAAUUACACGGAGCCAACUUUAGCAGGCAAUGCUGGUCUAGUCGCAGCCCUUGUGGCUCUAUCAGGUGGUAAAACUACCCCGAUCGACAAGAACACCAUGUUCUCUGCAGUUCCACCAAUGUUUCCCGUUGCACCACCACCACCUGCUGCCUGGAAACCGUAAAACUUCCAAGGGUCAUCAUAAUUUUUUAUUUCCUUCAUGUUUUUUUAACUGAUGGCUGGAUAAUUUUUCCUUCUUGUGUUCUUGCUGGAAAGAGAAGAAACGAGUUGCAAAAAUAAGCACCACAACACGAAACAAUGACUCUGGGACAGUCCUUAGAAGCGAAAGCAGGUCGGUGGCAUUGGUGUGACCAUCUUCUGUUUUCCUUUGAAACUUGUUGUAAUAUAGCCCCUGUAUGUAGGAAAGAAAUCAACCAUGUACCACUCUGUAUACUCUGAUGUUUGAACAAAUGUGACCAUACGAUACUCUGUUUUCUUCUUUUUGCCUCUGAAUAGUGUACUUGUUUUCUCUGCAA